UCCUUAUCACUCCCACCAACACCGCGCUCGCACUGCUUGAUUCGUCCUGACACUCGCUGUUCAUCGCUAUGAGUGCCUCUAGGGCCUCUGCGAGCGGGUCUAGGAAUAAGCCUCUGCCAUCUCAGACGAAUGGAGUGGCCGCCGCUGCAUCCAAUGGCCGGCGAUCGCGUAGCUCAGCAACCCGCCAGCGAGGCAACAAUGACGAGGGCAGCGGCCUCGAUGGCGAUGCCGACGGAGAGAAUGACCCAGCUGCCGCUCGUCAGCGCAAGCGUCUGCGACAAAUCAAGCACGAGGCCAUGGAUGGCGCUGCUGCGGCAGCUCGCGGUCCAAUGGGCGAUAGCCAGACGCAGCCAGAGGCAGAGGCAUCUACAUCGACGGCGCGUACCUCGUCUUUGACGCCCCCGCCCAGCAUGCCAACUGCUUCCGACGCAGGAUCAACAGCACUCGCGGAGAUCAAGAGAGAGGAGCAGAUGCUCAACAGCCACAGUCAGGCGGGCCCGAGCCAGGCCACGGAUGGCGAGGACGAGGAGAUUGAGGCAGGGCCGAGCAGCGGUAGGCAAACACAGCCGGAGACGGCAGCAGCAGCAUUUCAGUCAGACGAGAAUGCCAUAGAGAGGGAUGCGGAUGGUUUCAUACCCGGAUCCAUCGUUCGCGUCAAACUCGAGAACUUCCUCACAUACGACAGCGUCGAGUUUGCCCCAGGUCCACACCUCAACAUGAUUAUCGGUCCCAAUGGGACAGGCAAGAGUGCUAUUGUCUGCGCAAUCGCUCUCGGCUUGGGUUGGAAACCCGCGACUCUGGGGCGAGCCAAGGACGUGGCAGCCUUUGUCAAGCAAGGGCAGGAGGACGGCUUCACAGAGAUCGAGCUUAAGGGACCCAUCGGGGAGCGCAACACCGUAAUCAAGCGCAUUAUUCAUCGCAAGAACAACCAAAACGAGUAUCGCCUCAACGGCAAAAAGGCUACCAGCAAUGAGAUCAAGGAAGCCGUCCAGCACUUUGAUAUCGACGUUGGCAACCUCUGCUGCUUCCUGCCCCAAGACAAGGUGGCAGAGUUUGCCCGGAUGGAUCCGUCGCGCCUCCUCAUCGAAACGGAAAAGGCAGCAGGUGAUGGCAAUCUCGAGCAUUGGCACGAGAAGCUCGUAGGCUACGGCGCGGAGGUCCGAGACCUCGAGGGCAAGCUGCAGGAAGAGAGGGACGAACAGCAGAACCUCGAGCAGAGGAAUGAGGUACUCAGUCGUGACGUGGACCGUUUUGAGGAGAAGCGCCGUCUGGAGGAUGAGGUUGCUCUGCUGGAGGUGCGAUUGCCCUUUGCAGAGUACACCCGAGCCAGAACAGCGUACAGCAAGGCAAGGGACGCUAAGAUCGAGCGCAAAGCAGAUUUGAACGCCCUCAGGCAGGCAAACCAACCUCUUGAGCGCAAGGUGGACGAUAUGAAGGAGGAGCAGCGCAAGUUGGAAAGUCGCAAGCAACGAUGGGAAGAGAAGGUCAAGAAGCUCGACCGCGAGAUCAUGAAGCAUGUCAAGACCGUCGACGAGCUUGACACCGAUAUGACAGACCUAUACGGUUCCAUGGAGAACAUGAAGUCUCGAGAGAAGAUGCACCAAAGCCUCAUCGCCAAGCUUAAGCAAGAGAUCGCCACACUCGAAGCCAUCAUUGGCCAGCAACCACAACAAGCAGACACUUCCGACGUCGAUCAGGCCUUGCGCCAGACUCGCGCAUCGAUGAGACAGAUUGAAGAGCGACAGAGGGCAAUUCAGGAGCGCAUCGAGGAUAUUGGCAUCGAGAAUCAUUCGCUGCAUAGCACCAAGGACGAGACGCUUCGCAAGCUGCAAAGACUCGACGACGCCCGAGGCCGCAAGAUUCAGAUGCUGCGCACCGCCGAUGCUCACGCCGUCAAGGCCAUCGAGUGGCUGCGAGCCAAUCAGAAUCUCUUCCAGCAAAAGGUCUACGAGCCUGUCAUGCUCGAGGUCUCCGUCAAGGACAGUAGGGCUACUGCCCAUGUCGAGUCGUGCAUCAACUGGCAGCAGAUGAGGACCUUCGUCUGCCAGACUCGAGCUGACUAUGAUCUGUUCACUCGCGAGCUCGUGGACAAGCAUAAGCUCAAGCUCAACGUCUCUGAGCUGGAAGGCGCACGCUCCACCCGGCAGAUGGAGGCGCAAAGGCCAUUUCAGAUUGACGACAUUCGACGAAUGGGAUUCGACGACUUCGUCUGCAACCUCGUCGAGGCUCCUGAGCCUGUGAUGCAGUUUCUCUACUCGUCCUGCAACGUCCACACUAUACCCGUCGCCUUUGGCGAUACUGUGAAUCUGGAGCAAGCCGAGUCCACGAAGCAGCUCCGCCGCUACAUUGCCAACGGCGCCAAUCACACAAUCCAAUACUCGGAGUACGGCAACCGCCUGCCGCAGACGAUGUCGCGCGACCUCAAUGCUCCUCGUACCCUGACGCAGACUGCCAACCAGGCUGAGAAGAAGCGGCUCGAGCAAGUCAUGAAGGACGUUGCCGAGAAGCUCAGCGAGACAGAAAGCAAAGUUGGCGAGCUUCAAGGUGAUCUGGCUCGUGAGAAGGAGGCUAUGGCAGAGGAAAAGGCCAAAAAGGAAGACCUCGAGCGCCAAAGGCAAGACGCUCUUCGAGCUCUUCACGAAUGGGAGAGGGCCAAGGUCGAUGCUGAUCAGAAGCGCAAGAGACUCGACAUGGAGCUCAGGAAGCCGUCGGCGCAGCAAGAGCGUCAGCGCAUUGCCAAGCAGUUGGAGAGCAAGACGCUCAAGCGCCUCGAGGCAGUCUCGACGCUGCAUGGCAUUGUCGUCGACCAAGUUCAGCUCAGGGCCGAGGUCGACGUCGCCCUCCUCGCCGAGCUCCAGCACGCUUCCAACUACAGUGCCUGGAAAAGCUACCUCCAUACCAAGGACAAUGACUUCAUCGAAGCAGAGAAUCGCUACAAAGACGCAAGCCUCGCCUUGGAGCAGGCGAAAAAGGCAUGCGACAAGCAUCGUGAAUCUGCUCAAGCUAGGUUGGACCUUCUGCCGCAAGAGGUCAAAGACCGCUUCGAGGAGGAGCAACAGCAAGAGGCUGACCGCAACGAGCCCGCAAUGGACAUUGGCCAGAUUCAGUCGCAGCUGUUCGAGAAGAGGGCUGCUCUGGAGCUCGCGCAGGGAGUUUCGCCUGCAGUCGUAGAGGCUUACAAGAAGCGCGCCGCUCAGAUCAAGUCGCUCGACGAGUCCAUUAUCAUCAAAGAGCGCGAUCUCGUCAAGAAGAUGACCAAGCUGGAGAAGAUCAAAGAGAAGUGGUAUCCCGAGCUCGACAGGCUUGUCAAACAGGUCAGCGAAAAGUUCUCCGCAGCCUUUGACCGUAUCGGCUGCGCGGGAGAGGUACGUCUCUCGGAAGCUGAUGAUCAUCACUACGAGAAAUGGGGCAUCGACAUCCUCGUCAAAUUCCGCGACUCAGAGAAUCUCCAGCUACUCACGGGUCAGCGUCAGUCUGGAGGGGAACGCUCCCUGUCCACGAUACUCUACCUCAUGUCUCUGACCGAGCUCUACCGUUGCCCCUUCUCUCUCGUCGACGAGAUCAACCAAGGGAUGGACCAGAGGGCCGAGCGUGCUGUUCACGAUCAGAUGGUCGAGGUGACAUGCCGUAGCUCGGCGGGGCAGUACUUCCUCAUUACACCGAAGCUGCUGACUGAGCUGAGGUACCACGAAAGGAUGAAAGUGCUCAUCAUCAACAAUGGCGAGUGGAUGCCCGAGAAGUUGAGUCUCGCACGAUACGCCAAGCUAGCGACCGGAGGAAUGGCAGGUGGGGCAGCUACGGCCAGUGGCUCGUCGGGCAGGGCCAUUGUGGUCUGAGCAGACAAGCGGUUCGAGAGCUUUCCGCAUACGAGAGUUGUUGUUCAUCAUUAUCGUCAUCUUCAUUGUAUCUCUUUCGAUAUCUCUAAUCAGUCAUCAAAUCCUGAAGUCGCGCUGCAAGCGC